AAUUCUCUUUUUUACAAAAUAAUUUCUCAAAAUAAUAAAACUAUACGAUGAGAAGGCAAGGGGGCCACUACGGGGGUGAUUCGGCCGCCGCCGCCGCCGACGACUACGCAUUCGGUGGCUCCGGCGCUCAAAUACACCAAAACACCAAGUCUGGGUAUUACCAGGGGCGACACCAGGAGCCGCAGCUGCUCGGCGAGAAGGAACGAGGUCAGGAUGAAACUGAUUGGCGGUGGGAUAGAGAUGAUGUGCAGGCUAAAUUGCCAGAAACUCCUAUGUCGCCCACAGCACCCUUCGCUGGAGGGCGUGAAGCACCUGGAUCCUAUUACCAAGGCCAGAGGCUGGAUCCCCCGAUGUCAAUGGAGAGACAAAGUCGUGGAGAUCCUAGAUCUCAACCUCAAGAAGAGGAUAUGGAUAUAGGCUAUGAAGAUAAUCGCGUGCUACAUACGUUUGGAGGUCUUGAGCAGAGAUUCUUUGAUGACGUCAUGAAAUUGAGCAAAGAACAGAUUGAUGCAGAGGAUGCUGAAAAUGCUAGGCACAGAGAGAGAAUAAAUGCGAUCAAUGCACAAUACCAAGAACAGUUAGUUGCACUGCGAGCCCGGCAUGCAGGUCGGAGAGAAGAGUUUCUUCGGAGAGAAUCUCAAGCAAGACAACAGCAAUACCGGCAGAUUGUUAUGGAACAAUAUCCACCCAGUGGCAUUGCCCCUAGCGAUCCUCGUGGUUUCAAUGCAGAAGCUGCAUCUGCUCAGGAACCAAACCGAGCUUACAACUCCGACUCCUAUGACUCCUACAGAGGACGAGGUCGAUUUCCUGGUAAUGCUAGGGAUCAUGGAUAUGAGCCUAAAAUUCCAUACACAAGGGGCCGUGCUUAUGACACCGGGUCGCGCUAUUAUUAGUAACAUUCCUAGGGUAAAAAACUGUUCUUGCUUGAGUUUCAUUGUACUGCUGAUUGGGCUACUACAUCUACAUCGACGUGCCUUUUCUACACCUUUGAGGAUCCUGUUAAUUUAUCCUUUUACCUUUUCUGGUAUUAUUCCAUGAGCUGUAUGUUGUAAUGGCUUUGAUUUUCAUCAUCAACAACGAAAUGUCUGAAACACCAGCAUAAAUUGAAUGGCCCUAGAAGUUCAUUA